AUGCGGAGAACUUGCGGUCUUCCACGUCGGGACUAUAAUGCUCUACACAAUGGCCUGGUUUCUUCGCCUUCACAGCAAUCUGAGGAAUCUACCUGUGAAACAGGACGCCCUUACUCUCCCGAGCCCUCUCUAUCUAGGGACCUAGAAGACACGCCUCAGUCGAAGCGGACUUACUCUUUCCUUAGCUCCUCGCCCUCCCCACUUGAUCCUGCCUUUUCAGAGAGCAGCAGCAAUACGAGUAGUCCGCACCCAGAUUCAGCGCGCUAUGGUUCCACUUCGAAUUUGUUGGUGCAUCUCCAGACCAAGCAUCGUAUCAAGUCUGGAGCCGACUCCAUCUUCCUACCCGCGGUCGAAGGAAGCCUCGACCGGUUCUUGGAGUCCCCGAGAAAGAAGGCUGGCGUUGAAGAGAUGCUAGUCCGAUGGGUCAUUCAAACAAGACAGCCUUUUACAGUGGUAGAGCAUCCAGCUUUCAGGGCACUCAUUGAAGCAACGGGGGCCACUUUGCCCAUCAAGACUGCUGAUACUCUCUUCAACCGAAUUAAGGAGGAAUUCUAUUCAAGUAGGACUUCCGUGAAAGAGGAGCUUGCGAGGAGCAGCCGGACACUCGCUUUGUCCCUUGACGUUUGGACGUCGGAAAAUCAGAUUGCGAUCAUGGGUAUCAUUGGUCAUUGGAUCUCUCCCGAGUUUGAAAAGCGAGAUGAACUUCUCGAGUUCACCGAAAUCAAUGGACCACAUUCUGGAGAGAAUCUAGCAGAAGUUGUGUUGAAGAUGCUUGACGAACUAGACAUCGCUCCAAAGCUCCUGACCAUCACAGGGGACAAUGCGGGCAAUAACGGGACGCUCUGCGAUAGCCUGCACGAUCAGCUCCUCAAGAAGUAUGAUAAUGACGAUGACCGCUUUCGCAUUAGACCUCUAAUGCGGUUUCGUGGACGACAGAGCUUCAUUCCUUGCCUUGCCCAUAUCCUCAAUCUGAUUUGUAGAGAUGUGUUAGCUUCUUUAAGGGCUGGCUCGGCUCGAGAAGCAAAAGCGAUACUGGACGACAUGGCCAUUCAUUCUAGUGCAUCAUUUAACUCCCUGCACAGCACAAAAGGAGCAAUUAUGAAAGUCCGGCUCCUGACGCUAUGGAUUGCCCGUAGCCCACAGCGCCGCCUAGAUUGGAAAGAAGUGUCACCCGGCAAACAAGUCAGUUAUGAUGUUGACACCCGAUGGAACUCGACGUAUAUCAUGAUUCAGGACGCCCUUCGGCUGCAAACUCAGCUCGGACAGUUUGUUAGGAUACACCCAGAAGUUCAGGCCCUUCAGCUUACUGGUGACGAAUGGUCGACACUACAGCAAGUGGCCAAGAUUCUCAAGCCGUUCUGGGAUCACACAAACUCCGUUUCAAAGUCUUGCCCAACAAUUGUGGAAAGCCUACCGAUUUACUGGAGCCUGGACGACUUGUUAAAUGACGUUCGAAAUGCAGAGGGGGGUUUUGAAGAAGUGAACAUUGAAAUUCGCGAUGCGGUGGAAGGAGGGAUUCGAAAGAUGAACAAAUUUGCUAAGAAAAUGGACGACAACCUUCUUUACUAUGUGGCUUCUGUGUUGGAUCCGCGCAUCAAGUCGUCUUUGAUUGUGUCUCAGAUGAGCGAACAGGAUUCGGGGCUUAUCGUUUCUCAACCUUCCAAAGAGGCUCCUUUGUCGGAUAUUGAUAAGUAUUUGGAUUCGCCGCCGGUCAACUGGUCCCACCAUAUGAUCAGUGAUGUGGACGCAGAAUGGGUCCUGAAGUGGUGGAAGGCUAACGCAUUUAAUUUCCCACUUAUGGCCAAAGCCGCUCGCGAUUAUUUGUCUAUCCCUUCUGCAGAGGUUGGAAUUGAACGCGAGUUCAGCAACUCUAGAGAUGUCUUGGGCGUCCGAAGACACUGUCUGAACGCGGAGACUAUGCGAUGGUUGAUGCUGUUGAGAGGGCAGUUUCAGACAUCAUUUUUGGGUGGUGCAUGCAUGUGA